UAUUGCUGUUGAGUAAGUGAAGGUUGGGGCAUGCACUAAGCUGUGCAUGGCCUUAGUGCUCGUCUCUGUGUCAUUGGCCCUUGAACUUGUUAUAGCUAACAAGAACCCGUCACUCUGGGACACAGAGCCAGUGUGAAAUCUGUGCUGCUACUUUCCCCAGAUACCCAUUUAUCCUCCAGCCUGAAAGAGAGGAUGAACAGCCAGGGGAGCCGGGCGCUGGCUGACCAGAGCCAGGAUCAAACCCGGGCCAUGGAUUCAGAGCUAGGAAUGCUAACCAUUACACCACCUGAGACUGUAGAGGCCAAGGCAGACAGGGAAUCAAUAGGAGAGUGUAACAAAACAGACUACACUAAAAUCAGACUGAGAAGUGGAGAAAGUUGGGACAGACCUCUUGUCAUGCAGUGUAGCUAUUAUCAGCUAAAGAUGAUGACAACAUGUUUUUUGUGUAGAUUGUGACGUUGUUGGUGGCUGAUGCGUGUGUUGAGGCUUCCCUGUCCCUUGCAGGGCAGCACCUUGUGUGAGGCGUGUGGCCAAGGGUUCAGCAGGAAGGAGGCGCUCCAGCGGCACGAGGCGAGAGUCCACGGGAAGGCCCACGGCAGCCACCAGUGUGGCCGCACCUUUCCCCACACCUCCCUGCUGGCCUAGCACCUCAGGCCACACCAGGGAUGCACUUGUCCGGAAUGUUCCAAGGUGUUCAGCUGCAGAUCCAACCUCACGCUGCACCGCCGGGCCCACCACAUGCGCCUACCACUGCACCGCCUGCAACAAACACUGGAAGUUCCACGCCAGCUACACCUACCACAUGAAGAAGUUCCACGGGAGCAGCGGUGUGGCGGGUGCCGGCCGGUGGUGUGCUCUGCGUCAGCACUCCCUGACCUGCCGCGUCCACCACACUCAGAGCACAGGGCAGGAGGCAGCUUUGGAAGACAUGCAGGGGGUGGCAGGGAGGUCAUGAAGCCACUCCCUGACAGUGCACCAGGUUGUGGCUCCCUGCUCAGGCCUGCCCACCUCAGCAAGCAAGGAACUGACAGCCUUGUCCUGCUGUCAGAGAUGAGGAAGAUUCAAGUGUACCCACCUCCAAACAACUCCCACCAGGCGCCUCCUGCGGGGGAGAUCAUUGUGGAGGUGUUGGAGGACACGGAUGCAGAGUACCAGUACAUCAUCUUGGUGGAGGACGCUGCCGUGGCCCACUUCACCAUGACGGACACUGCUGCCACAUGGAACACCUCAGGCCACCAGUGUCCGGGCGACCCACUCCCUCUGCCACACACACCCCACACACACCUACACGAACCCGUGUAUCCAUCCCGAUGUGUUCUUUUAGUUGUUGAUCUCAAUAAUUCUCUUCUUUCCGCGGUAGGAGCUGUAGGAGAUAGCCCGGUAUGCGUUCUUGGAGCCAUACCAGGGGUAGGAAAUGGGGAGUCGAGUGCCCCUUAAAAUUCCCUCCUGUACUCCUAUUGCGGGAAAAAUUGUGGGAGUAUAUAGGCCAGUAAUCUGUGCUUUAUCUGUAGUGUAAGACGUGUUAGUGAAAUAAGAGGCUGUAUGUUUGUCUUUACGACGGAGAUGGUUCUCGUCGUGUAUGGGCUGUAACGUUCCCCCUCUCUGAGUCUUUCAUACAUCAUAUGUACCUGGUUUUACAAUAAUUGUACACCCGCCCAAGGGUAAAGAUUUCGUGGAGAAUCCUCAGCCUUAUUCUGGUUACCAUUGUGAGAGGAGAAAACUAGAAAUCAGUCGUGUGUCCAUUCGCCCAUUUCCGUCAGUUUCGGGUAAAUCAUGCCUUCUAUGAGGAAUUAAUUGUAAACCGUGUCGUCAGGUAUGCCUAUGUAUUACCUUCUAAACUAAGUCACAGGAAUAAAUGUAAGCACUCCUAUAUAUAGGCCUUUAUUUCUUGUCACUCCCCGUUGUGAGAUUUGUCCGGCCAGCUGUGAGUUAAACUAACCAUUUACCGCCCCCGAGUCUGCCCCGCUCACCUUGCUACCCUGCCCAAGGGAUCAGAGUCUCGCUCUGGGUCAUUUUAAUCCCUCAUUAAAUCCUUAGUCCUUUAUAUACACAUACUCUUAAGGCUCCCAGUGAGCUACCGGUGACAUAGUUCAUCGGUAGAUCUCUGGGUGGUGGCAGCAAAACUACCCCCAGGGUGAGUCCCCCUUGUUUUUCCCCAGAUAUCCAUUAGUUGAACUUCCUUUUUUUUUACAUCAUUUAGUGCCCCGAAUUUCCGGGCACGACAGUCAGUAGUCAGAAGUGUGGUACAAAUAGACAGGAGCAGCUUUUUUGACAUUCAACAAGUCUUCUGUUCCAGAAUACUUGCACCCAAUAGCUGCCACACCAUUACCAUUUAAGUAAUACUUGACACCAUGAGUGGUUAGGUUGGGAAACUGGCCUUUGAGCUCUGGCACACUUCAGGUUACUGACUGAUGGUGGUAUUGAGAAAGAAGGGUGACAAUAAUUUCUUCCCUUUGAAUGGUCCUUACAGAUGUUGUCUAUUGUCUGGUACUGUUGUCCUGAUCAGCACUGGUGACAGGACAUGUAGACGAAGCUAAUACUCAUUCUUGAGCUUGUAAGAUCUCUUCCAUAUU